AUAUACACUAUAUUGCCAAAAGUAUUGGGACACCCCCCAAAUCAUGUGAUUCAGGUGUUCCAAUCCCCUCCAUAUCAUGUGAUUCAGGUGUUUCCAAUCCCCUCCAUAUCAUGUGAUUCAGGGGUUCCAAUCCCCUCCCAAUCAUGUGAUUCAGGUGUUCCAAUCCCCUCCAUAUCAUGUGAUUCAGGUGUUCCAAUCCCCUCCCAAUCAUGUGAUUCAGGUGUUCCAAUCCCCUCCAUAUCAUGUGAUUCAGGGGUUCCAAUCCCCUCCAUAUCAUGUGAUUCAGGUGUUCCAAUCCCCUCCAUAUCAUGUGAUUCAGGUGUUCCAAUCCCCUCCAUAUCAUGUGAUUCAGGUGUUUCAAUCCCCUCCAUGGACACAGGUGUAUACAAUCAA